UAAGCUCCAUCUCCAAUCCGGAAGGAGAUGUGCAAAGCGCACACGGUAUCACGUUGACGCCCCUGCAGUACUGAUGACCGUCUCAAACUACACGUUCACCUGACCCAGCCCAACUGGUCCUCAGCAUUCAAGUCACGGUGCACCUAUGUCCUAUGCCUAACAUCACACUGUGCAGACGUAAUAUACACAUACAAAAUAGCAGCGGCAGUGGAUACCGUAUAGUGGGGCAGUAGAAAAGGAAAGCGAUUCUCACAUGACGCUUCAGUAUCCGUACAGACAUAACGAUUGACAGACAAAUAUAAACAAUUAGAUAAUCAGUCAGUUGUACCGUUUUUCGAAAUAAAUAAUCGGAGAUACAUUGUUAUUUGCGAAUAUUUUUUUUUAUUAUCGUUCAUAGACUUCGAGAUUCAUUUACCCUUGAAAAAGUAUAAUUAAUUAAAAAAAACUACCCGUUUAUUUUUUAAAGUGUAAUUCUAAAGAAUUUUCAUAGUAGAACAAGCCCAAGACGAAGAUGCUUUAAUUUUUGAGGAUUCGAAUUUAAAGGUUUUAAUAUUUUGCUCUUCUUUGUAAUUAUCUUUUCUGUCAUUCAGAUAAAGGGAUGAUGAUUAUGCAAUACAGUUCAUUGAUGAAAAUUUAUAGAAAAACCGGUCUUUCGUUGUACUUACGGUAGUUUUCACUUUCAAAAUUUACCUCGUUCGAAUGGUUGAAGGUCGAUCGCCUCCGGAAGUUCAUUAACAUAAUGCGGCGAAAAAUGAUGGUAAUAAUGAUUAAAUAAAGAAUAAGACACUCCAAUGGACUCCAAAAACAUAAGAUACUUAUCUGAAUGACGCUUUGCAAGGACCAGUUAUUUCUCUGGAUAGAGGUAUGGUCGCAGAAUAUGUGGCUUUGUGCGUAACGAUGCUGGUGACGUUAGCGCGACCCAGCGCUGCGGGUAUUAUCGAAUGGGGACGAUCCAAUCACAUAGAAGUCAAUAUACCUUGGUUACCAUUUGAAAAUGAAACGAGGUGCUAUGAUGAAUUAGGAUGUUUGAACAUAACUCGAGAAUGGUACCAUUUAAUUUAUCGACCAUUCAAUGUUUUUCCAUUGGCUAGACAAGUUAUCGACACUCGAUUUAUCCUAUACACCAGGAAGAACCCAAUUCAGGGUCAAAUGUUAAAAGUCCAAUCAGAAAAAACAAUACAAAAGUCAAAUUUGGAUCCUAAAAAGCCCACAAAAUUCAUCAUACAUGGAUUUAUUGAUACUCCACUAAGCAAUUGGGUCAAGGAAAUGAGAAGGGAAUUGCUUAAACAUUCUGAUUGGAACGUAAUUGUGGUAGAUUGGGCCGGUGGAUCAUUGCCACUAUACACUCAAGCAACAGCUAAUACAAGACUAGUGGGACUAGAAAUCGCAUAUUUUAUAAACUACUUAAAAGACAAUAUGGGUCUUAAUCCGAAACAUGUUCAUCUGAUAGGACAUAGUCUUGGAGCUCAUACAGCUGGUUUUGCUGGAGAGCGGGUAGAGGGUCUUGGUCGGAUAACUGGGCUCGAUCCGGCUGAGCCCUAUUUCCAAGGAAUGCCCCCUCAUGCUAGACUAGAUCCAACAGAUGCACAGUUGGUGGACGUCAUACAUACAGAUGGGUCAUCAAUAUUUCUUUUGGGAUAUGGUAUGAGCGAACCAUGUGGUCACAUCGACUUUUAUCCAAAUAAUGGUAAAGAACAACCAGGUUGUGACUUGACUGAAACUCCAUUACCACUUACACUUAUCAAAGAAGGAAUCGAAGAAGCUAGUCGAGUUUUGGUAGCAUGUAAUCACGUGAGGGCAAUAAAGCUCUUUACCGAGUCUAUAAACUCAAAAUGUCCGUACGUUGCCCAUAGGUGCAACUCGUACCAAAACUUUUUACAAGGAAAAUGUUUUUCAUGUAAAGACAAUGAGACAGGAUGUGCCAUAAUGGGCUUAAAUACUGUAAGACCUAAUUUAGCUCCAGGUUCAAAAUACUUCAUAUCUACUGGAAAAGAUACUCCUUAUUGUAGACGUCAAUACAAAGUUACAUUAAAUUUGGCGAAACCUCCAAGAGCUGAAUCUUGGGUACAAGGAUUUAUGAAGGUGUCAUUGCAUAGUGACAAUGGUGUCAUUAGAAACCUAGACCUAACACCAAAUGGUUACGAAAAAAUGGAGCAUGGAACCACCCGAAGUUUUGUUGUCACUCAUCCAGACGAUAUUGGUAAAGUAAAAAGAGUAGAAUUUUACUGGGAAUAUGAUAUGGACGUGUUACAGCCCAGAUCUAUAUGUUUUUUCUGGUGUAAUGAUCAUCUUUAUGUGUCAAGUAUUGGAGUAACAGAAGCAGUAGAUGAAAUUAAUAGGGGUAAAAGAGGCAUCGAAGAAGACAAUAAACUUUGUAGUUUGGGACCAAGAGAAUACGCAGAUAUUGCUUCUAGAACGUCAGCUGUAUUCAUAGAUGAAUGUGAUGACGGCAUCCUAACCUAAUAUAUAAAUAAUUCAUUUUUAGGCAAUUUGUAUAUGUAUAAAUAUUUAAGGGAUAUUCGCUUUAAAAAUCAUACAUAUACAUUGUACAAUAAAAAUGACAUGUAUGUGAUAAGAAAAAUACUUGGCAUUGCAAUGUUAAGUUGUAUAUCAAAAUGCAUUUAUUUUAAUUGGUAAAAUAUGUAUUAUUACUAUUGAAUGUUAAAUUGAUAUUAUAUUUUUUAGUUGUUUUUUAUUUAUAAACGUGUUUACCGUCACACGUAUAAUGAAUUUAAUAAAAAAUAAUCAAUAAAUGUGUUCAUGAAAAUAAUUACGUUAUAAUAAUAAAAAUGUUCUUUAACCUUUU